CCAGGCGGCUCCUCUUACAGGGUCUGGGCAUCCCCUAUAUAUAGCCCAGCGCAGACAGCUGCACAGUCACUGCACAGCCCCACAGGACAGCAGAGGUGUGCAGAGCAGACCUUGACACACAGGCUUGCUGAGCUCUAAGGGAGCCUCACCAUGACGCUGGGCUUGGAGCAGGCGGAGGAGCAGCGUUUGUACCAGCAGACGCUCCUGCAGGACGGCCUCAAGGACAUGCUGGACCACGGCAAGUUCCUGGACUGCGUGGUGCGUGUGGGCGAGCGUGAGUUCCCUUGCCACCGCCUGGUGCUGGCCGCCUGCAGCCCCUACUUCCGCGCGCGCUUCCUAGCCGAGCCAGGUGGCGCGGGAGAGCUGCGUCUGGAGGAGGUGUCGCCUGAUGUAGUGUCCCAGGUGCUGCACUACCUGUACACAUCGGAGAUCGCGCUGGAUGAGGCAAGCGUGCAGGACCUGUUCGCCGCGGCGCACCGAUUCCAGAUCCCGUCCAUCUUCACUAUCUGCGUGUCGUUCCUGCAGAAGCGCCUGUGCUUGGCCAAUUGCCUGGCUGUCUUCCGCCUGGGCCUUCUGCUAGACUGCGCGCGUCUGGCAGUGGCUGCGCGCGACUUCAUCUGCGCGCGCUUCCCGCUGGUGGCGCGCGACAGCGACUUCUUGGGACUUUCGGCCGACGAGCUGAUCGCCAUCAUCUCCAGCGACGGCCUCAACGUGGAGAAAGAGGAGGCCGUGUUCGAGGCGGUGAUGCGCUGGGCCGGCAGCGGCGAUGCCGAGGCAAAGGCUGAGCGCCAGCGCGUUCUGCCCACGGUCUUCGAGAGCAUUCGCUGCCGCCUGCUGCCUCGCGCCUUCCUGGAGAGCCGUGUGGAGCGCCACCCACUCGUGCGCUCCCAGCCCGAGCUCUUGCGCAAGGUGCAGAUGGUGAAGGACGCACACGAGGGCCGCCUCACUACGCUGCGCAAGAAGAAGAAGGAGAAAGGCGAGCAGAUGGGUAGGGCCAAGGAGGCCAACCAAGGCACAGCAGACGCAAAGGCUGAGGACGACGAGGAACGAGUGCUGCCGGGGAUCCUUAAUGACACGCUGCGCUUCGGCAUGUUCCUGCAGGACCUUAUCUUCAUGAUCAGUGAGGAGGGGGCGAUGGCCUACGACCCAGCCACCAACGAGUGCUAUUGCGCAUCCCUGUCCACCCAGAUCCCCAAGAACCACGUCAGCCUGGUGACCAGGGAGAACCAGGUCUUCGUGGCCGGUGGCCUCUUCUACAAUGAGGACACCAAGGAGGAGCCAAUGAGUUCUUACUUCCUGCAGUUUGACCACUUGGACUCUGAGUGGCUAGGGAUGCCACCGCUCCCCUCACCUCGCUGCCUCUUCGGCCUGGGGGAGGCUCUCAAUGCCAUUUACGUGGUCGGCGGCCGGGAGCUCAAGGACAGCGAGGACAGCCUGGACUCAGUCCUGUGCUACGACAGGCAGUCAUUCAAAUGGGGGGAGUCAGACCCACUGCCCUAUGCAGUGUAUGGCCACGCGGUGCUUUCCCACAUGGACCUCGUCUACGUCAUCGGUGGCAAAGGCAAGGACAGGAAAUGUCUGAGCAAGAUGAGUGUCUACGACCCUAAGAAGUUCGAGUGGAAGGAGCUGGCACCCAUGCAAACUGCCCGCUCUCUCUUUGGGGCCACCGUCCACGACGGCCGCAUCUUCGUGGCUGCAGGGGUGACAGACACAGGGCUUACCAGCUCCGCAGAGGUGUACAGCAUCGCAGACAACAAGUGGUCUUCCUUCGAGGCCUUCCCACAGGAGCGUAGCUCCCUCAGCCUGGUCAGCCUGGCUGGCACUCUCUACGCCUUGGGUGGGUUUGCCACUCUGGAGACGGAGUCUGGAGAGCUGGUCCCCACGGAGCUCAACGACAUAUGGAGAUUCAACGAGGAUGAGAGGAAGUGGGAGGGCGUCCUGCGGGAGAUUGCCUAUGCAGCCGGUGCCACCUUCCUUCCUGUUCGCCUCAACGUGCUUCGCCUGACCAAGAUGUGACUGGCGCAGGACCCUGAGCCUGCUUCCUGUCCUGUGGCCUCACAGAGAGGAGCUGGGAGAGGCCAGAACCCUUCUGGCUUCUAGUAUGAGCCAGGGACACGGCUACCUGGUUCUCCAUGUCCCCCUGGGGUCGCCAUAUCUCCUCAAGGACUGCCAGCAUCCCGGGUUGUGUCCUGGCCCUGCCUAGGCUGGCUGCGUGUGCCAUAAAGUCUCCCAAGGGACUAAGUGUCCGUGCCGGCCAGGUGGAAGUGUCUCUGUAGAUGG